CCGCGUACUUAUUAUGAACACGCUGAAUGACCAUCGUUAUGAACCGCUGUCAUGGCCGAAUUGACUCCUGAACAGCUUGAAACUCUGCCUGAUGAGAUGCGCAUUUUCACAAUCCAGAAGGCAAUUGAGUCUUCCGGCCCACGACUCGGUCGUUUAAGCCUUGCUGGAAGAAAAGUUUUGGAGACGCCGAAUUACUUGGGGAAUGCAUCGAGAGGGGUUAUCCCUCAUCUGUCUCCAGAUAACUUCCGCAGACAUACAAACGUAUCUGGAGUCUACCUUUCGCUAGAAGACUUUAUAGAGAAGAUACCGCGUGACGUUCCUCCAAUAUACAACCAAGAUGCCGCUCCCAACGAGUCUGCGCUCAAGCGGUUUAUAUGCCUUCCUGAGGAUAACAUUGCCGUCCUCGGCGCUCGUCGAUACACGCCCGUAGUUGGAUCCGCACACAACACCGAUACUAGCAUAUCAAUAUGCGCCUCUGUCGGCUUCCGAAGCCUACCCGUACAGGACUAUAUUACAGCCACGCUGAAGCUGUGUCCGGAUAUCGCUAUAUGCCUCGCCGACGUCGUGUAUGACCAUAACCCGAGCAGACGACGGAUGGAGAAAGUGUCAGACCGUACUUUCUCCUGGGUCACGAAGAUGAUCGAGCAGUUGAACCGUCCGGAGGUUCAGGAGAGCCGCCCGACGCUGUUUGCGCCUAUCCCGCCGGUCCCGAUCGGGCGUCAAUGGGCGUAUAUCGACAAACUCUCCGAAGAACUGAAGGAUGAGAUAUCGGGAUUGGCGAUAUAUGACGCCGAAGCGAUUGGUAAUUUGCCAGAGCCGUUGACUCUGCUCCCGCGACUAUCCAUGUCGCCUUUGACAAGUCCAAACCAGCUACUACAACAAAUCGCUUCAGGAUAUGACGUCUUCAUCGUUCCAUUCAUCAACCUUGCCUCCGACGCGGGGAUAGCGUUAACCUUCCAGUUCCCACCCCCUGCAACUACUUCUGUGGACACUCGGUCAAGUCCGGUAGAAUUGGGACUCAACCUUUGGGAUAAGGUCUAUGAAGCGGAUGUUUCGGCCGUGAUGGAGGGUUGCUCUUGUCAUUGUUGCACAUCCCACCAUCGAGCAUUCUUGCAGCACCUCCUAAACGCCAGAGAAAUGCUGGCCUGGGUCCUAUUGCAGAUGCAUAACCAUCAUGUGAUGGACAACUUCUUUGCCAGAGUGAGGAAGAGCAUCGCAGAUGGGACAUUCGAGGAAGAUCGAUUGGCAUUUGAGAGAUAUUAUGUACCAGAUUUGCCGGAGCAAACAGGACUAGGUCCCAGGAUCCGGGGAUACCAGUUCAAGAGCGGCGAGGGGGAUCCAAAGGCGAACCCCGCGCCUUUCACGAUGCUCGAUGCUCAACGCGAGGGGUUGGCGGAGAGUGCGACUCCUGGUGACGUGCCGGACAGCGAGUUGAUCGAGCAUGGCUUCGCGGAAAAGACGGACAAAGCGAGCUGAUGAUGGUUGGGCUGUCUUGGAGAGUUUCAUGGGGAGUCUGGAAACUAACACCGAAGGAGUAGAAGUAAUUAAAUUCCCCGAUAGUUGCUUCUGAUUGAACUGAGCC